UUACAUGGACAUACAUUCAAUUUGACAAAAAAUCACUUUUUACACAUUGUUUCCUUUUCUAAACAGGAAAUAGCGUUAGUGCAUUAUAAUUGAAUUUUCUAAGAAAUAGUUUUACUUGGAUUUAACAAUAUGAGUUUUCGGUCAUUAAAAGAGGACAGGGAGCAUUCGAAAGAAAAUGUUCGAAUUCACAGAAAAGCGGGAAAACGGAGAUCAAACUCAGCACCAACUAUUCAUGCUGAUAAAACAAAGGAUGUUAAUGCAACGGACAGUAAAGGAAGAUCUUCUUUGUAUUAUGCUGCAAAAUAUGGUGAAAUUGAAAUCGUCCGACAUCUUUUAAGUAACGGAGGUGAUCCAGAUUUACAUGAUAAAGCAUUGAAUUAUCCGAUCCACGAAGCUGUGGAUAGUGGUCACGUGGAAGUUUUGGAAUUACUUAUAUACAAAGGUUGCAAUGUAAAUGUUCAAAAUCUGUCAGGACAGACUCCAUUAAUGAGAGCAGCCCUUUUUGAUGAAUUAGAAGCUGUUAAAGUGCUGAUUAAAUCAGAUUGUAAUUUGAAUGAAGUAGACUGUACCGGAAAAACGGCUUUAUUGGUUGGUUUACAAGAAGGCCAUGAUGUUGUGUCUAGAUAUUUGAUCAAAAGCGGAUGUGACGUAAAUGUGGUCGAUCGACUUGGGCAGAGUGCUUUGUAUUUCGCUAUACACAGAUCCUCAGCUCCGUCUGUGUCGAUGUGUCAAAAACUUUAUAGAAAUGGAUAUAAUGCAGAAAAUGAUUCUGAAUGGUUAACGAAAGACUUGCAUCGAAAAUUGACCCAAAACGGCAAUGGAUUAUUUUCUCGCGUAGUGCGAAAAUUGAGGAUACAAAAAUCGAAAAUAGACCUUUAUAGUAUUGAUGACUUGAUUUCUGAUGACUAUGUUGAUUUUGAUAAUUCAAGAAAGGUCUAAAAAAUAUUUCGAAAUAUGUAUGAUUAUUAUGUCAGUCUUUUGUUUUCGUUUUCGAGACUAUCUCUGACAAAAGAUUUGUUGUUUUAUUUAUUUAUUGAAUAAAAUUGUAAGUGUUA